CCGAGGAGUUGACGACGUUAUGCUGAACGGAUACGAAGCUCGCACCAAGGCCGCCGCAGCGCUGCUUAUGUCCACGUGAAUGCCGCCGUAUUCAUUCCUAGCAUGUCAACUCUGCGGCCUAGCAGAUUUUCAACAGGGCUGAAUUAUUCAGAUACCGUGACCUCUGGGACUUUGACGAACACAAACGUGGAUGUCGUUGUGGCUGGUAUGUCUGGCGGUACUAUUGGACCACAAUGCAAUUUCGCUAUUCAACCGCUUUCCAAGCGGGAGACAACCAAAUGUUCGCGAAUGUCUUGGUAGACACGGGCAGCGCGUACCUAUGGGUAGGAGGAGAUCAACAGUACACUCCGGGAUCAAACACAGAGGUUAUCAACGCGACGUUUGGUGUUGGGUAUGGCUCUGGCUACGUCAACGGAACUGCGUACAAGGACCAUGUCACAGUCGCAUCUGCCACCGCAGAUCGGCAGAUCAUCGGAAGUGCAAGCUACAUUGACGGCUUCGAGCUCUGGGAGCCGUUCGACGGAAUACUUGGCCUCGGACCACCUGGUUCGAACGUCAACGAGACGUCGGGGAUUAACACUACGCCCACUUUCAUGGAGACCCUCUACUCGCAGGGUAGCAUCGACGAUCCUGUAUUUGGUCUGUACAUUCCGCCGUUCACCGAUGAGCCGAACACUGGCGAGAUCACCUUCGGAGGCGUCGAUUCGAGCCGCUUCACUGGCGACAUCGAAUGGAUUCCGCAGAGUACCCCGUACAAUACACACUGGGGGUUCAAUGCGUCUAGUUUCGCAUGGGGCAACAUCACCAUGACAAGCCCUCUGUAUGCUCGCACGAAUUGCGGAACGCUGCCGAUUCUAUUACCGACUGACCAGUUCUUCGAUAUGCUGGACGAUGUACCAGGGACUAGCCUUGAUCUCAGCAGUGAUAGCCAGCUUACCACCUGUCUGAUCUUUGCAAGCAACAUGACUGCCGACAAUUUGCCGCCACUCGAGAUCGGGCUUGGAAACUUGCUCUUGUCGAUCCCUGCAGCAGGCUCUAUUGUCCCUGAGAGCCUCUACGCGACACUCAAUGUCACUGUUGACGGGAAGACGCAUACUUACCUUUGCCCAGGCGGGCCUGAAUACGUCAACUUUGGCCAAAAAGCCCUGGAGCACGUAUACUCAACCUACGACAUCGUGAACCAUCUCGUUGGAUUUGCGCUCACGGCGUAACUCCACCCACGGACCAAGCUAUCAAUGAAGAACGGACACUACCGCGAUGCUGAGUCAGACGCUCAGCAGUAUCAUUGUUGCAUUUGUUCAUCGGGCUGCUGCUUUACGUUUGGUAUCAUUCGCGACAAUCACAACGGACUUCUUGAUUCUGAAGCAGCUGGAAUUUAUCUUGCCUAUCGCCGGAAGACAAUCAUCUUCGUUUCAUGGACUCAGUAGACAUGACCGACCACGCUUUCAUUGACCCGAAGCAAUGAUUGCGGUGCAACCACUGUGGCGUCUUCUACAUGUCGUCGAAAUGGCACCCGCUAUGCACGAUUCGAUGUAGUGUCGGCCACCGAGGAUUCUCGGACAGAAACAUGCGAUCGCCCCU